UGGAACGAUGCACUCAGUACGGUCUCGGCUCCCAAGAUUGAAUGUCACGCUGAGAACUUUCGCGAGUACUGCCCUGAAAAUGUCUACAUCAACAUGAUCAUUGCUUAUCCUACAAAGUGGACAGACAAACUGCCAGCAUCCUCAGAGCUUCCAAAGGAUGCUAGCGGUGUGCAACAAGUGGUGAUCAAUAUUAGCGAUGACAACUUUGGUAACGUCUUCCCCAAGGAGCAUGUAGAGUUUAUUGAUCGACUCAAGAAUGCAUGAAAACGUUCGGCUGAUGACAGCGACAGCAAUGGUGAAGGUGAGUGCUCCAAGAAGCUGAGGAGUUAAAGACUCUCUUUCUGUAGUGGACUUGAAUAAAGGUGUUUGUACUAGGCUUCAAUAGGGAAAGCUGUUUCUAUUCAUGCAAAGAAAGCGAAUGGUUAAAUUCCUUUCCGUCAUCUUUUUGUCUCUACACUUCUCUCCUCGAGGCGAAAGGUUUGCAAACUGCUUGUUCGCUUUAUCUGCGAGGCCCCUCAAUUCUCGGUCGACUUUGACACUCACUGGCCGGGUUUCCUUCUCUUCCAUGACGUCGACAAGGCGCUGCAAAUUAUUGCGAAUGCCACGAUCGCUUUCUGUAUCAUCGCUAUCGUCACCCUUAUCUCGCCUAACCAUCGCAAGACGCUCUUCAACCUCAGAUCUCAAGAGCUCUCCACAAUUAUUGAACAAUUUCUUGAAGACAAAUGCUGCAACUUUAAGCCCUGACCAUCCAUGCGUCGACGCCUUGAAUGUCCAAAGGUCCGCCAAGGUCACUGGUUUGGCGUUAAACAUAAGAAAGCGCGGGUGGACUGCUGCAUGUUUGCCAUAUGUGAUAAUGUCGUCAAAGUUGGUCCGUGUCUGGCGUACAACGUUGUUGCGCAUGUCCUUUCCAGCACCCUUCUUGAACCACAAGCUUGAUUAGUGUCACCAAACUUCUGAUUGACGAUCUUGAAUGGCUUAGUAUCCGGAAAUGCGACGUCUGUGCA